CUCUUUCCUCUUGCCUUCGUUGCCCUCAUCUUCGUUUUAUGAACAAAAAUCCCUCUCCCACCUAUGAUUUUGAUUCCUUUGUUUCGUUAGAUUAAAACUCAAUCUCGAUUAGCUUGAUUAGAUAAGGACUACCUUUUUUACGCUUUAUCCACCGCCUAUCCGCCGCCCUCUCUUCAAACCCUUAUUUUUCACGUGAUCUGCUCAAAGUCGACUCAUCUAAUCAUUCCAAAAGCCUUCUAAACAACGGAUCUGAGAUUUCUCUAUAACGUUUUUUUUAUUCAUAAAGAUCUGAACUUUUUUGUUUCUUUCCGUAAUAACUUAAUUCUGUAUACAAUUUACGGUAUUUAUAUAUAUACAUAUCUCUUAAAAAAACUGUAAACAACUGAACCUGGUGGUUUAAUAUGUCGAUUGCUUCGAGUUCUGUGAACAAUGGCAUGGUUAUACCAUCGCCGGCAAAGAGUCUGGCGGGCCAUCAAUUGAAUGCUAUGCCUUUGGGCAGAGUCGGUGUUGGUCUGGGCAGAACUACUAGGGCCUCUAGAAGUUUAGCUAAGAGGACUACCGGUUUCGAUAAGAGGUUUUACGGAGCCAAACUCCGGGCCUCGGGUUCUGAAAGGCUGCACCUUUGGCAAUCAGAUGGGCCGGGUCAGGCUCCGAAGCUUAAGGUUGUGGUUCGUUCUGCAUUGUCUAAUGUGCCGGAGAAGCCACUCGGCCUUUACGAUCCGUCUUUCGAUAAGGACUCUUGUGGCGUUGGGUUUGUGGCUGAACUUUCUGGUGAAAGCAACCGGAAAACGGUAACUGAUGCUGUUGAGAUGUUAGUUCGGAUGUCUCAUAGAGGCGCGUGUGGUUGUGAGACCAAUACUGGAGAUGGGGCCGGUAUUCUUGUGGCUUUGCCUCAUGAUUUCUACAAGGAGGUAGCAAGUGAGGUGGGAUUUGAGCUACCACCACCUGGCCAGUAUGCAGUUGGGAUGUUCUUCCUACCUACCUCAGAAAGCAGAAGGGAGCAAAGCAAAAUUGUAUUUACAAAGGUGGCUGAGUCGCUCGGUCAUACAGUUCUUGGAUGGCGUCCAGUCCCUACAGAUAAUUCAGGGCUGGGCAAGUCUGCAUUGCAGACAGAACCUGUCAUUGAGCAAGUGUUUCUGACACCAACUCCUCGGUCGAAGGUCGACUUUGAGCGUCAGAUGUAUAUUUUGAGGAGGGUUUCAAUGGUAGCUAUCCGAGCUGCUUUAAACCUCCAACAUGGUGGCGUGAGAGAUUUCUAUAUAUGCUCUCUUUCUUCAAGGACUAUUGUUUACAAAGGUCAGUUGAAGCCUAAUCAGUUGAAGGAAUACUACUAUGCAGAUUUGGGCAAUGAAAGGUUUACGAGCUACAUGGCCCUGGUGCAUUCUAGGUUCUCUACAAAUACCUUUCCUAGUUGGGAUCGUGCUCAGCCUAUGCGUGUUUUGGGUCAUAACGGGGAAAUUAACACACUUCGAGGCAACGUGAACUGGAUGAGGGCUCGUGAAGGUCUUCUUAAAUGCAAAGAGCUUGGCCUUUCAAAGGCAGAAAUGAAAAAGCUCUUGCCCAUUGUUGAUGCCAGUUCAUCUGAUUCAGGAGCUUUUGACGGUGUACUUGAGCUUCUGCUUCGAGCUGGUAGAAGCCUUCCUGAAGCUGUAAUGAUGAUGAUUCCUGAAGCCUGGCAAAAUGACAAGAACAUGGAUCCUAACCGGAAAGCAUUGUAUGAGUAUUUUUCAGCUCUCAUGGAACCAUGGGAUGGACCUGCCCUUAUAUCAUUUACUGAUGGGCGCUAUCUUGGAGCUACAUUAGAUCGGAAUGGUCUGCGUCCAGGCCGCUUUUAUGUCACAUACAGUGGCAGGGUUGUUAUGGCAAGUGAAGUUGGAGUAGUUGAUAUUCCACCUGAAGAUGUAUGCAGAAAAGGUCGACUAAACCCUGGAAUGAUGCUUCUGGUGGACUUUGAGAACCAUGUUGUUGUAGAUGAUGAAGCUUUGAAGCAGCAGUACUCUCUUGCAAGACCUUAUGGGCAGUGGCUUAAAAGGCAAAAGAUAGAGCUGAAAGACAUUGUUGAGUCUGUAAAUAAAUCCUACAGGGUCCCUCCACCCAUUGCCGGAGUUUCGCCUGCGUUAAAUGAUGAUGACAAUAUGGAAAAUAUGGGGCUUCAUGGUUUAUUGGCUCCAUUAAAGGCCUUUGGUUACACUGUGGAGUCCUUAGAAAUGCUGCUACUCCCAAUGGCAAAAGAUGGUGUCGAGGCUCUUGGUUCAAUGGGAAAUGAUGCUCCAUUAGCAGUGAUGUCUAAUAGAGAGAAACUUACAUUUGAGUAUUUCAAGCAGAUGUUUGCUCAAGUCACAAACCCUCCUAUUGACCCUAUAAGGGAAAAAAUUGUUACCUCUAUGGAAUGUAUGAUUGGUCCUGAAGGAGAUCUUACAGAGACCACUGAAGAACAGUGUCACCGCCUCUCACUCAAGGGACCUCUUUUGUCCAUUGAAGAAAUGGAAGCUGUGAAAAAGAUGAACUACAGAGGGUGGCGCAGUAAGGUUCUUGAUAUUACCUUCUCCCGAGACCGUGGUACGAAGGGUCUAGAGGAGACCUUAGAUAGGAUCUGCUCUGAAUCGCACAACGCGAUUCAGGAGGGUUAUACAACAAUUAUUCUUUCUGACAGAGCCUUCUCGCCAAAGCGUGUUGCUGUGAGCUCUUUAUUGGCUGUUGGUGCUGUCCAUCAUCAUUUAGUUAAAAAGCUUGAGCGGACUCGUGUUGCACUGAUUGUUGAAUCUGCUGAGCCACGAGAAGUACACCAUUUCUGUACAUUGGUAGGAUUUGGUGCUGAUGCUAUCUGCCCUUAUUUGGCCGUAGAAGCUAUAUGGAGACUACAGGUUGAUGGAAAAAUCCCACCAAAGUCAACUGGUGAGUUCCAUUCCAAGGAUGAGCUUGUCAAGAAAUACUUCAAAGCAAGUCAUUAUGGCAUGCAGAAGGUUCUUGCAAAAAUGGGCAUAUCAACAUUGGCAUCGUACAAGGGCGCUCAGAUUUUUGAGGCAGUUGGCCUUUCGUCAGAAGUGAUGGAGCGGUGUUUCAAAGGAACCCCUAGCAGAGUGGAGGGUGCAACUUUUGAUGCACUUGCAAAGGAUGCACUCAAGCUGCAUGAACUAGCGUUCCCAUCACGAGCCUUGGCUCCAGGGAGUGCAGAGGCUGUGGCACUCCCUAAUCCUGGUGAUUACCAUUGGAGAAAAGGUGGUGAGAUUCACCUUAAUGAUCCACUUGCCAUCGCAAAAUUGCAGGAGGCUGCGCGAACUAAUAGUGUAGCUGCCUACAAAGAAUAUUCUAAGCGUGUGCAGGAAUUAAAUAGACAAUGCAAUUUAAGGGGACUUUUGAAGUUUAAAGAGGCAGAGGUGAAAGUUCCUCUGGAAGAAGUUGAACCAGCAAGUGAGAUUGUAAAACGUUUUGUUACUGGAGCCAUGAGUUAUGGAUCAAUCUCUUUGGAGGCACAUGCUACUCUUGCUAUGGCAAUGAAUAAAAUUGGGGGCAAAUCUAACACAGGUGAGGGUGGUGAGCAACCAUCUCGGAUGGAGCCUCUUCCUAAUGGUUCAAUGAAUCCAAAAAGAAGUGCAAUUAAGCAGGUUGCAAGUGGUAGAUUUGGAGUCUCAAGUUAUUACCUCACAAAUGCGGACGAGCUACAGAUAAAAAUGGCUCAGGGAGCCAAGCCUGGAGAAGGGGGUGAACUUCCUGGACACAAGGUCAUUGGUGACAUAGCUGUCACUAGGAACUCCACAGCUGGAGUUGGACUAAUUAGUCCUCCUCCUCAUCAUGAUAUCUACUCUAUUGAGGAUCUUGCGCAGUUGAUUCAUGAUCUUAAGAAUGCAAAUCCCGGGGCACGUGUAAGUGUCAAGUUGGUUUCUGAAGCUGGCGUGGGGGUUAUUGCUAGCGGUGUUGUCAAGGGACAUGCUGAUCAUGUCUUGAUCUCCGGUCAUGAUGGAGGCACGGGUGCCUCAAGAUGGACUGGUAUCAAGAGUGCCGGUCUUCCAUGGGAACUUGGUCUUGCAGAGACGCAUCAAACUUUAGUGGCUAAUGACCUUCGUGGCCGAACAACACUGCAAACAGAUGGCCAAUUGAAAACUGGAAGAGAUGUGGCUGUUGCUGCUCUUCUUGGUGCAGAGGAGUUUGGUUUCAGCACUGCUCCCCUCAUAACACUCGGCUGCAUAAUGAUGAGAAAAUGCCACAAAAACACUUGCCCUGUGGGAAUUGCCACUCAAGAUCCAAUUCUUCGGGAGAAGUUUGCUGGAGAACCAGAACAUGUCAUAAAUUUCUUCUUCAUGCUGGCUGAGGAAGUAAGAGAAAUUAUGUCUCAGCUUGGUUUUAGAACACUUACUGAAAUGGUUGGCCGUUCAGACAUGCUUGAACUGGAUAAAGAUUUAACCAAGAACAAUGACAAACUAAAGAACAUCGAUCUGUCCCUACUGCUUCGACCUGCUGCUGAUAUCCGUCCUGAAGCUGCCCAAUAUUGUGUUCAGAAACAGGAUCAUGGUUUAGACAUGGCUUUAGAUAACAAUUUGAUAGCCCUUUCCAAAGCUGCUUUGGAGAAAAGUCUUCCUGUAUAUAUUGAAACUCCAAUCUGUAAUGUAAACCGCGCUGUCGGAACAAUGCUAAGCCAUGAAGUUACCAAGCGAUAUCACCUUGCAGGACUCCCUGCAGACACCAUUCAUAUCAAACUUAGUGGAAGUGCAGGGCAGAGUCUGGGAGCUUUUCUUUGCCCUGGCAUCACGUUAGAGCUUGAAGGAGACAGCAAUGAUUAUGUUGGUAAAGGUUUGUCAGGGGGGAAAAUCAUUGUCUAUCCUCCAAAAGAAAGCAAGUUUGACCCCAAGGAAAAUAUUGUGAUUGGAAAUGUAGCUCUUUACGGGGCAACAACUGGGGAGGCAUAUUUUAAUGGGAUGGCAGCAGAAAGAUUUUGUGUCCGUAACUCAGGGGCCAAAGCUGUUGUAGAAGGUGUUGGUGAUCAUGGCUGUGAGUACAUGACUGGUGGUACAGUUGUUGUCCUCGGAAAAACUGGAAGAAACUUUGCUGCUGGUAUGAGUGGUGGCGUUGCCUAUGUUCUUGAUGUGGAUUCAAAGUUCCGAUCUCGUUGCAAUUCAGAGCUGGUUGAUCUUGAUAAAGUUGAAGAAGAAGAUGAUAUCAUGACUUUGAAGAUGAUGAUACAGCAACAUCAGCGUAACACAAACAGCCAACUGGCAAAAGAUGUUCUUGCAGACUUUGAUAAUCUUUUGCCUAGAUUUAUUAAGGUCUUCCCUAGAGAUUAUAAACGGGUUCUGGCAAGCAUGAAAAAAGAGGAAGCUAACAAAGCAGCAAAUGAUCGUGCCAUCAAGGAAGCGGAGGAGCAAGAAGAGGCAGAUUUGAAGGAGAAAGAUGCCUUUGAAGAGCUGAAGAAAUUAGCAGCUGCGUCUAAGGACCAAUCCAGUCAGGUUGAAGAGGAAAAAACAUUGAAGAGGCCCACCGAAGUUGCUGAUGCAAUCAAGCAUCGAGGUUUUGUUGCUUAUGAGCGACAGGGCGUGUCAUACAGGGAUCCAGAUGUUCGGAUGAGGGACUGGAAAGAGGUUAUGGAAGAGUCAAAACCCAGUCCACUCCUUAAGACACAGUCUGCGCGCUGCAUGGACUGUGGAACUCCUUUUUGUCAUCAGGAGAACUCUGGGUGUCCUCUUGGAAACAAAAUACCAGAAUUCAAUGAGUUAGUGUAUCAAAACAGGUGGCGUGAAGCACUGGAUAGGCUUCUUGAGACAAACAACUUUCCUGAGUUCACUGGUCGGGUGUGUCCUGCACCUUGUGAAGGGUCUUGUGUGCUUGGUAUCAUUGAGAAUCCUGUUUCUAUUAAGAGCAUUGAAUGUGCCAUUAUCGACAAAGCUUUUGAGGAAGGGUGGAUGGUGCCACGACCUCCUUCUGAGAGAACUGGGAAAAGAGUCGCAAUUGUCGGGAGUGGACCCUCAGGCCUGGCUGCUGCUGAUCAGUUAAAUAGAAAGGGUCAUACUGUAACCGUGUUUGAACGUGCUGAUAGAAUCGGUGGUCUGAUGAUGUAUGGAGUGCCCAACAUGAAGACCGACAAGAUUGAUGUCGUUCAGAGGCGGGUUGACCUUAUGGAGAAGGAAGGGGUGAAAUUUGUGGUCAAUGCAAAUGUUGGAAAUGAUCCCGUCUACUCCUUGGAGCGGCUUCGUGAAGAUCACGAUGCAAUUGUUUUGGCUGUUGGAGCCACAAAGCCAAGGGACCUUCCUGUUCCUGGACGAGACCUCUCAGGAGUUCAUUUUGCAAUGGAGUUCCUUCACGCAAACACAAAAAGUUUGCUUGAUAGCAAUCUCCAGGAUGGAAAAUACAUUUCUGCCAAGGGCAAGAAGGUGGUUGUUAUUGGUGGAGGUGACACUGGGACAGAUUGCAUAGGAACGUCUAUUCGGCAUGGCUGCAGCAGUGUUGUUAAUCUAGAGCUUCUCCCUCAGCCGCCACAAACUAGGGCUCCUGGAAAUCCUUGGCCACAGUGGCCUCGUAUUUUCCGUGUAGAUUAUGGGCAUCAGGAAGCUGCUGCAAAGUUUGGUAAGGAUCCGAGAUCCUAUGAGGUAUUGACCAAGCGUUUCAUUGGAGAUGAGAAUGGAAAUGUGAAAGGGUUGGAGGUCAUCCGUGUACAGUGGGAGAAAGAUGCUAGUGGAAGAUUCCAAUUCAAAGAAGUAGAAGGCUCUGAAGAAAUUAUCGGAGCCGAUCUGGUUAUGCUAGCUAUGGGGUUCCUUGGUCCUGAAUCGACAAUAGCAGACAGACUGGGACUAGAAAAGGACAACAGGUCUAACUUCAAGGCUGAUUAUGGACACUUUUCUACAAGUGUGGAAGGGGUGUUUGCAGCAGGAGACUGUCGCAGGGGACAGUCUUUGGUGGUGUGGGCCAUCUCCGAAGGGCGGCAAGCAGCUGCUCAAGUUGACAAGUUUCUCAUGAAGGAUGACGAGGACGACUUCACUGUUGAUGUGGCUAGCCAACAAGAACUUGUCAAAAAGCAACAAGAUAGCAGCAAGCAGCAGACAGUCGUGACAUAAGACACUUGCAAAAGCAAAUGAAUAAAGGACACUGUGGGGAGGCUGGUUUAGGGAUUUUCCUUCAAAUGAUAUCCAAAUCCAAGAAUAGAAGCACAGAGUAAAUCAAUAGCAGCUCAGUUUGAAUAUAGGAUAGGAUAGUUGAUAUUUUCUGAUUCUUGGGAGUUUGAGGGGUGGGGGUGGUGGGAUAGUAUUUGUUUUUUUUUGGCUGCAUGUUGGGUGUCGAUAAAGUUUAUUAUUGCCGUGUUGGUUGUUUGGAGGGUAGCUCCAGCACAGGCUUAGUGGAAAAAAUAACAUGUACAGUUCUCGUUUGUGCAAAAUUUCCUUUGAAAUUAAUAUUAUGGGGGAUUAUUUCUAGUU